GCCGAUGAGUUGAUUGGACUACUGCGCCAAGUCGCUCAGAUUGUCAACGACCCCACGAUGGCACACAUGUUGGUGCAAGAGAAGUGGAACGACCCCAACUCCGCCAAUGGCAUGAUCUACUACCUUCGGCUACUCGCCGCUACCCACCUCAAGGGCAAUGCCGAAGCAUACGAGGCCUUUGUAAAUGAUGGCAUCGGUAUUCCAGCCUAUUGCGCUCAGUUCGUCGAAAUUCCGGAUCGCGAGAUCGAGCAUCUUGGCAUCAUUGCCCUCGUCCACACCCUCCUCAAGCCCGCCGGCCAAGUCCUUGAGAUAGCGUACCUCGAUCGCAGCCCUGGCACCCAUGUCAAUCGAUACCGUUUCCCCGACGAGGCCAACGGCCAGGAUAUCGCCAACCUGGGCCCCAUCAUUUACCUGCUCUUCAGACCCAAUCACUAUGACAUUCUGUACCGAUCUCCGCCAGUCCCUGUUGCGCCUAUCACGAUGCAAGUCAACCGCGUGAGUGGUUUCACGCACAACACCGACAUCGCGGCGACUCAAACAGAUCUCGGUCAAUUUGCUACGGUCAACUUUGACUCACUCGCUAUGAUACCGGGUCUCAACUCAGGCCCUGCAUUUGGAGGACUUGGAUCUUUGGCGCCGCCUCCCCCAGCCAGUACGGUAGCCGAGCCUUUCUCACCGAUGCAGCAGAGCCAGUGGAUGCCGUCGUUCCCUGAAACACUGCCAGUCUCCACGCCGCAAGCCGCGCCGCCACCCCCUCCUACCAUCAUGGCAUCUCCUCAACCUCCGACGCCUCCCGCCUCCUUGUCUGGUAGUUCAGCGAUGGGUCCCAGUCCCCCCAUGGUCGCAACAUCAGGACUAGGCCCACAGACCUCCCUGAUGCCGCCGCCGAGUUCUGGUUACCACAUACGAUUCAGUCCGGUUCAACUUGAGUAUGAGGAGAGCAAGAACAACUUCCCCGAACCGACAUUCCAGGUGACAACAAACACCUUCAAAAAUAGUGUAUGGAAUCGAGCGCACUACGGGAAUCCAGAUUUUCACCCAGAAGAAUGGAGUCCUGAUGAUGAACACACUGACGGCAGAGUUGGAGGAAAACGCAAGAAGAAG